UGCGGCAUGGAGGAAGCAGCGCUUGCGAUGGUUUGAUACAUUAGUAGGUGAAGAAAGAGGUAUAAAAGACGCAAUCGAGCAAGCUCUUGUUGAAACCCAUCCAACCCUUACACCUACUAAAGCAUCAUCACAACCAUGACUAUCCCAGUUCCAGGCAUAUACGUGAUCUACAACAUCCAAUACUCCACCCUAGAUGUCGAUUUGCACUGGGCCAAUGUUACUGACGGCGCUCCUGUCGUCGGUUACAUCUACAACGAAUCCACCCAGAACAUGCUGUGGAACUUGCAGGUUGUCGAUGAAGAACAGGGUCUGGUGCAAUUUGUCAACCUCGCGGGCAACAAUUAUGCUGGAGUCUCUGGCGAAAUCGAUGGCUCUGGAGUCAUAGGAACCUCCAUCGAAACUACUUUCAAACUUCACGAGAGGAAAAUUGGGGAAUAUGAGAUUCAGACAUAUAACUCUGAGCUCGUCUGGGAGCUGCCUGACGGAAACAACUUCACCGAGAUUAUCCUCUCUCCUCCUAUCAGCUUCUAUGACAACCAGGCUUGGCAGUUCAUUCCAGUUGACGGUAACUGAGGGAGUGAAGACACUGAAGAGGGGGGUAAAGCAUUGGCGGCAAUGACUUGACACCAUUAGCACCGAUCAUGGACUAACAAUAUUCUUGAGCAUCGGAAAGAGGAUAUCUACCGGCACUGCUGUUAUGCGGCUACAGCUAUUUAUUUGACUUGUA